AUGAUUGCUCUGAUCAUCUAUCUAUCUAUCUAUCUAUCUAUCUAUCUAUCUAUCUAUCUAUCUAUCUAUGAUUGCUCUGAUUCUAUCUAUCUAUCUAUCUAUCUAUCUAUCUAUCUAUCUAUCUAUGAUUGCUCUGAUUCUAUCUAUCUAUCUAUCUAUCUAUCUAUCUAUCUAUCUAUCUAUCUAUCUAUCUAUCCAUCCAUCCACUGCUGUAAAUAUCUGAUUCUGUCUGUACGCAAUUAUCCAUUUAUCUAUCUUAGUGCAUUCAUUUCUCUAACAAAAUAUGUUAAAUUCUAUCUCUCUCUCUCUCUCUCUCUCUCUCUCUAUCUAUCUAUCUAUCUUCUAUUACGGCGCACAGAUAAUGUUUAUUUAUCUAUGUGUAAUUCUGUUGAUAUUAAUCUAUCUAUCUAUCUAUCUAUCUAUCUAUCUAUCUAUCUAUCUAUCUAUCUAUCCCCCGUAUGUUCAUAG